CAUGCAUAUAUAGAGCUUACACACGCACAAUCCUGUAGGAUUUAUGCAUACGUGCACUCAAAUCUCCCCAUUUGACCUAUUCUACAUAAUCUAGGCUAAUUUGUCAAUUCCAUUAUUGAUCGGCUCUGGCAUAGGCCUAUUUGUUUUUUCAUUUAGUGAUAGAUUGGCUAUUUAAUUCAAAUGCCUGAUAUCGGUGAGACUGUAUGCUACGAGCUGAAUGGGAGAUGAGAGGACGAGCGUCAGCUGUCAACCAGAUUCAGUCGGUGUUUUUUUCUCUCUCGCCAUAAUCGUUUGUGCGUCGGUUUUCUUUUUAUCUGCGCCUGUUACACUGUAACGCACUCGAUGUUAAUUCGGGGGAAUAUGUGAACAUCAUGCUGGCGGUGUGGUGCUUGGUCUUUGCUGCAGUGGGCGAGAGGUUUGCCGUGUCAGUUGGCAGUUAUCAGGCCUCCCGCGUUACAGGCGGCGGAAGGUCGACUUUGGUGCGGGAUGCGAGUUUGUGGGAUUGGUUCUCGCCAGAGGAGCGGGGAGACAGCAGCGACAUUGCGGCCGAAGUCACCUAUCCAAAGCGUCUGGUGCAACAGAUGGAGUCGAAGGAAGAAAUGUCCCAUGGCUAUUUGGAUACCCGCGUGAAGAAUACCACGGGAGGCACCUCGCCAGUCCAUUUGGCCCAGAGUUGUUUCCAGGUGGAGACCUUCGGACACACCUUCACCCUGGACCUGGAGUUAAACCACAACCUCCUGUCCUCAGACUAUGUGGAGCGGCACUUUCACCAAGAUGGCAAACCCUCGCAGUCUAUGGGAGGGGAGCACUGCUACUACCAAGGGAGGUUGAGGGGCUUACCAGAGUCCUGGGCAGCUCUCUCCACCUGUCUUGGCUUAUGUGGUAUGUUUUCUGAUGGGAUGUUCUCUUAUGGGAUUGAGCCUCUUUUCGAUGGGACCAAUCAGUCUGAGGGGGCCCACCUAGUGCGUAGGAUGCCUGAUGUCAGACUAUCCCCAGACUGUCAAGACUGCACAGACAACAGUGAGGGGGAUAGAGCCAGAGGUAAUGGUGAUGAGCAGAUGAAGGAUCCCCGGGUCAGUGAGGUGCUGAGGCGCUCUAAGAGACAGCUGCCACGCAGGCCCACCGUGCAAUCAGAGACCAAAUACAUCGAGCUGAUGGUGGUCAACGACUAUGAAAUGUUUGUGCAGCUGCGACGCUCCACUACCCAGGCCAGGAACUUUGCCAAAGCAGUGGUCAAUAUGGCUGAUGCAAUUUAUAGGGAACAGCUGAACACACGCAUCGUGCUGGUUGCCAUGGAGACCUGGUCGUCGGCCAACAUGGUUCCCGUGGUGACGGACCCGUUGACGACGCUGCAGAACUUCAUGAAGUACAGGAAGGACAGUAUUAAGGAGCAAAGUGACGUUGUGCACCUCUUCUCGGGGCGUACGUUCCAGAGCAGUCGCAGUGGGACGGCCUACACCGGAGGGGUGUGCUCUCUCACCAGAGGUGGGGGCAUCAACGAGUAUGGGAAUGUGGGUCCUAUGGCCAUCACUCUGUGCCAGAGUCUGGGUCAGAACAUUGGGAUGAGGUGGAACAACAUACGCAGCUCUGCGGGAGACUGCAGAUGUCCUGAUUCUUGGCUUGGUUGUAUCAUGGAAGACACUGGAUAUUACCUGCCCAGAAAGUUCUCUCGCUGCAGUGUUGAUGAGUACAUCCAGUUCUUGCUCCAGGGGGGCGGGAGCUGCCUCUUCAACAAGCCCAACAAGCUGUUGGACCCUCCUGAAUGUGGGAACGGCUUCGUGGAGACAGGGGAGGAGUGUGACUGUGGGUCUCAGCUGGAGUGUGCCCGCAGUGGAGGGGCGUGCUGUAAGAAGUGUACCCUGACCCACGAUGCCAUGUGCAGUAGUGGACUGUGCUGCAGUGGGUGCAGGUAUGAGCUGAGAGGAGCAGUUUGCAGACAGGCUGUGAAUGACUGUGACAUCCCAGAGAGCUGCACAGGAGACUCCAGCCAGUGCCCUCAUAAUGUGCACAAGCUGGAUGGAUACAUGUGUGACACUAGUCAGGGUCGUUGUUAUAGUGGUCGGUGCAGGACUCUCGAUGGCCAGUGUAAGGGACUUUGGGGCUACAAUUCAGCAGACCGCUUCUGCUAUGAGAAGCUGAAUGCAGAGGGCACAGAGAAGGGCAACUGUGGGCGGAGUCCUGAGGGCCAGGGAUGGCUGCAGUGCAACAAGCCGGAUGUGCUUUGUGGUUUCCUGUUCUGUAUCAAUAUGACGGUGAAGCCAAAGUUUGGGGAUCUGGAGGGGGAAGUCACCAGCCUUACAAUAUACCACCAGAACAAGUACCUGGACUGCCGAGGGGGCCAUGUCCUGCUGGAGGAUGGGUCAGACCUGGGCUACGUGGAGGACGGUACGCCGUGCGGCCCCAACAUGAUGUGUCUGGAGCGCCGCUGUCUCCCCGUGGCAGCCUUCAACCUCAGCACCUGCUCCGGCUCCACGCUGGGACGCACCUGCUCUGACCACGGGACAUGCAGUAACGAGGUGAAGUGUAUCUGUGACAGGGACUACACCGGGAAGGACUGCAGUGUCUUUGACCCCAUCCCUGACCCCACGCCGCCUGCCAACACGGAGAAGAAAGGAAUAUCCGAAGAGGAAGAUCUGGUGGAGGAUAAGAUGUCUGUCCGUCUGUCUGUCUUUGUCUGUCUGUUCCUGUCUUUCUCUCACUCUGUGAUGUUUCCAAAUCGGAGAAGAGGGAAAAAGAACAAGUCUUCCACUCCUGUCCCGAACCUCUCCAGACCUCUUCUGUUAACAUCUCCUCUCCUGUCCACUUCCUGUCUGUCCACCUGUCUAUCUCCGGCCCCUCCUGGACAGUGUAGCACCUCCCACAUUGCAUACCAGCCAAUUAUAUUAUCCAAUCCGGAUAAAGUCUUUGCCACGGACAGAAUGAGAAGGUUGUUGUUGGUCCCUAGAGGGGCGUCAGGGUCUUCCUGCUUUCCAGCGACUAAGUAGUAUGCACUUCGGUGUCUGCGUACUGUAGUUCCCUUUCCUUCCGCUUACGUCAGUCCAAUGAAGAACAUGUCAACAGUGGACAAAUUCAGUAUGAGACAUGUCUUUCCAAUGCUUGUCUGGAAACACACUUCUGGCCGCUGUUUGAGAAUGCUGGACUGGCCCAGACCUGCCAUCUGAAAAACGAUUUAAGUCAUAAGAUGUUGUCAAAGAAACACAUCAAAACAAACAUUGAUCAAAGACUCAAGUGGCCAUUGGAUCAGUUGAACUGCCCCUUUCAGAGAGUCCUUGUCUGGUGACUGGAUGACAACCCAGAUUCAGACAUUAUCUAGUUACAACAACACGGAUGUGAUCCAAGAAGAAUCAUGUAUUGGACUUGUUGUGUACAGGCCAUUUCCAAAGAAAGAAGAGCAACUUAUUGUGAGAAUGACUAUGAGACAAAAGCAGUAGACCGUUCAAAACAUCAUGGACUGAUGUAGUUUUAGGGUUUAUGUUGAUUGUUAAUUCUUUGUUCCUGUCUGUUGAGAUGAAGGAAGGGGGAGACCCUAUGGUUUUGGGAUCAUAUUUAAAAUGCAGCAGAGACCGUAACUCAGUGUUUUCAACCGUAGAUCUACCAACACAACAUUCCACAUAGUGUUAGUUAACAGAGACUGUCUGUAUGUGUCUGUAUUCUAUUCGCCACCUUCUUAAGAGGCCCAAAGUGUGUAUGGUAAAGGAGGUUGAAACUCAGUGUGUGUGUGUGUGUGUGUGUGUGUGUGUGUGUGUGUGUGUGUGUGUGUGUGUGUGUGUGUGUGUGUGUGUGUGUGUGUGUGUGUGUGUGUGUGUGUGUGUGUGUGCGCGUGUGUGUGUAGGGUACCAAAAUUCCGGUAACUUUCCCAAUAUUUCCAAGUUUUCCUGAAAUCCUGGUUGGAAGAUUCCUGGAACUGUGAAGGAAUAAGCAAGGAAAUAUGGAAUCCUCCAACCAGGAUUCCUGGAAAACCAGGGAAUGUUGAGAAAGUUACUAAAAUGAGUGUGUGCGUGCGUGCGUGCGUGUGCACAUGUGUGCAUGUGUGUGUGUGUGAGAGAGAGAUUGAGUGAGGAAGAGAGCAGGUGAAUGAGAAAAGUACUUGUCGUGUUUGGGACAGUUAUGCCCUUGUUCACCGUGACACUCCUGCCAACAACACUGGUAGAUAGUUUAUAGAUUUUUACUUCUAGAAAAGGUUAUCUUUCUGUUGCCUGGCUUUGUGCUCGGGAGCCAAUGACAGCACACUAACAAACAAAUGGUUUGUAUUGAAUAUGUAACAACAAACUUAAACAAGCACUAGCCUACAGAAUGGAGAACACAUAUGCACAUCUAUUUGUAUAUACAGUAUGUACAAGAAGUUAAUACUGAAUGUUGAAUACACUGUAGGAAAUUGUUUUAAAAUUCAAUGUUAAUAUUGAUUCAUUUGAUCUGUUUCAACUAAGUAUCUAUCUGUCUCCUGCCAUACAACUGUCCAUCUCCUUUAAGCCAUUCCUAGCUGUCCAUCUAUCUGUCUAGCAGGCACACUGCCUAGUAAACUAGCAAUCUGGCCAUCUAUCUAUCAUUGCAGCUGUCAAUCUAAAUGCCAUCUAAAUAUUGGACACCUGUUGAUAGGCUCUGAGCCUUACGCUGAUGAUGCUUUAACACAGUGAGUUUGAAAUGACCCCAGGACAGCUCCUCAGUGGAAAUAUGAUGAGAUGAGGUGCAUUACUAUUGACCAGGGCCCUUAGUGCUCUGCUGGUGAAAAGUAGUGCACUACAUAGGUAAUUGGUUACCAUUUAGGACUCAACCUGGGGUCUGGUACACUAGAUGUAUGGAGAGGUCUGUUUGAUUCAGCACUAUGGCUGAUGCACUAUAGUUCUUCACCAUUUGUACAGAAUAUGUACCAUCUUUAGAUGGUGGCCAGUUUGCUUGCGUUUUGAAUUUAGGAAGCAGAGAAAAAGAAAUGCGUUAUAUCCCAUAUUUUUAAACACUAUCUUUUUAUUAAGUAGACAAAUUGAAAUAAGCAAUGUAGAUUAAUUGAAAUGAAGGGGAAAUAAAAUCUAAAAGUAAAAAGUAUUUCUUUCCUCUGGUUUCAUUGUGUGAAUAUGUCUGGGAUGCUAUGACAAUGGCUUCAUUACUUGAGGCCAAGAUGUAUGUACUUUGCUCAGUGUGUUUAAUUGUUGUUUAGAAUAACUCAAUUCAGUAACUACUGCCUAAAUGUGAUUCUCUAUAUAAGAUUCUUAAGAGACGAGGAAAAAGUGUGCAUUGCCUUGCAUUCUAUGUUCUUGAACUUGGCCAAUGAUUAUACAUUUACAUUUUUGACUGACACAUUUUUCUUUUCCAUUAGAUGUAUUUCUAGUUUCAGACUUCAUUGCACCUCAUUAAAUGUUCUCUUGAGUGAA